AGGACUACGAAUCCCAGCAAGCAGUUCGCUGAACCAAGGCGCAGGAGGAGGAGUUGAGAGCCGUCGGGCGCCGCGGAGCCAGGCGUCAGCGGCUCCCAGUGCAGGUGACCAUGGGAAAGCGUUACUUCUGCGACUACUGUGACCGCUCCUUCCAGGACAACCUCCACAACCGCAAGAAGCACCUGAACGGGCUACAGCACCUCAAGGCCAAGAAGCUCUGGUAUGACAUGUUCCGAGAUGCAGCUGCCAUCUUGCUGGAUGAGCAGAACAAGCGGCCCUGCAGGAAGUUUCUACUGACAGGCCAGUGUGACUUCGGCUCCAACUGCAGAUUUUCCCACAUGUCAGAGCGAGACCUGCAGGAGCUAAGUAUCCAGGUGGAGGAGGAGAGGCGGGCCAGGGAGUGGCCACUAGAAGUCGCCGAGCUCCCUGAGGGCCAUCUGGAGGACUGGCUGGAGAAGAGAGCCAAGCAGCUGAGCUCAGCCUCAAGCAGCAGAGCCGAGCCCAUCAGAGCCACUGUCUUCCAGUACCCCUUGGGCUGGCCACCUGUCCAGGAGCUGCCUCCGUCCCUGCGGGCACCCCCACCUGGGGGGUGGCCCCUGCAGCCCAGCGUCCAGUGGGGCUGAGCCCCACAUCCCUGGUCAGCUCUCAAGUCAGUCACAGUAAAGAUAAGGGCUUGUACUCGGGACACUGAGGCCCCCUCCUGCUGCACCACUAUUACCUGGCCUGGCCUCACCAAAGCCUGAGUCCCUCCCAGCCAGGUGAAGCCCUGGUCCGGGCUCUGUGCCAGGCAGCUCCUCCCUCCCUCCUUCACGGGACAUCUUGGGAAGACUUCCUUUGGUUAUUAAUAAAGAAAGUCUGUCACUACA